AUGGACGGCCCCACGCUGGCAAACUCCAAGGCGCAGUGGUCGUCCGCGCUGCAAGCCUCGCUCUCGACGUUCCGCACGCUCUGUUCGCAUGCGCAAGCGACAUCCAAGAGCUGGCGGCCCGUGUUGCCAGCACCCGGCGGCGCCGGCACGCUCGGCGCCUCGUCAGGCAGCACGCUGGCUGCGCCUGGCUCAGUCAUCGCUGGUCCGAGCAGCGGCAGCGUACGCAAGGUGCCCAGCCCCGCACCUGGCUCGUUGGCACGCCGCUCGGCAACGCCAAAGAGAGGUAGCAUCCCUGGCUUUCCUGCGAGCGUCUCCUAUGACUCUGGCUUUCCAGCGCCUCCUCGCGUAGACAUGUCCACGGCAAGCAGCAGCAUGGCGCUCUCCUCUUCUGCGCAGUCUCAAGCGCAGCCACAGGCGCAGACGCAGACGCAGAGCAGCGGUCCAUUCGUGCUGCAUGCGCUCGAUCCGACGUCCGUGGUGGUGCACCGGCGAUCGGGAGGCAAGGCGCUGGGCAUGCCCAGUAGUGCAGACAUCUUCCGUGCGACGGCAGAGGUGCACUUCGAUGGCACGCCGGAUCUGGACGUGUUCAAGGGGUCGUUGGCGAAUCCAGAGUGUCGGUCCAGCUGGGACCGCAUGGUGGAAGACGCAGAGCUCAUCGAGCUGCUCGAGCCGCACACGCGCAUCAGCAAGACGAACUUCAAGCUCGGCUGGCCCGCCAGUCCGCGCGAUGCCAUCACAAUCUCGCAGAUGCUCAGCGACGACAGCACGCUGCUCGACAUCUCUACCUCGCUGCCUCGCUCGCCUGACGCGCCGGCUUACCUGCGGCCGGCACCGCCGUACGUGCGAUCCCACGUGAAUCUCUUCGCGUGGUGCGUGCAGCUCUCCGGCGACGCGGGAAGCUCUCUCUCGACGUCGGAUCCCGCUCGCAGCAUUGCGAGUUCUGCGUCGAGCGAUCGGCAGACGCUGCGCAUCACGCUCUUCUGGUCGUGGGACCUGCGAGGCGCAUGGCUCGGCAUGCCCGCUGGUGGCCUGGGCGGACAGCUCCCGACGCUCCUCUCGUCGCUGGUGGACCACGUGCGCACGUCGGCCUCGCGCAUCCCGCACCUCAACGACUACGGGACUGCCAUCGAGGUGCUCACGCGUGCCUUCGACCCGUCGCGCGACACGCUCGUCACGGCAUACCAAGUCUUGCCGGAGGACGACGAGGCACAGCACGCGCAAGAAGAGGCAGAGAAGGACCCGGAGCGCCUCGAUCGUCUGCGAUCGCGUCGCGCACUGCUCACGAGCGCCGAGUGGAGCCUGCCGGCAGAGGAAGGCUGGGACGUGCGCGUGGACGUCAAGGCGCUCGCUCUGGCGCCCGGCUCUUCGUCCGACUGGGCUGCGACCGCCUUCCGCCGCACCAACGCCAACUCCGGCACCUCGUCCAGCCAGGUCAUCCUGCGUCUCAAGCACAGCAAGCUGACGGGCUCAGACGAGAGUGUGCGCGUGCAGGUCUCGGCGCAGCGCAUUGCGGCCAGCUCUGAGGUGCGACUGCGGCUCAACGACGAGCCGUUUGGCAUUGAGGAGGUCGAGGCUGGUCUGGAGCCUCGGCCGCCCAUAUCGACGCUUCUCGGCGUGCCGAGCUCGCCGGCCGUGCUGCUGGACGACGCCGCCUCCAUCUCGGGCGUCAGCAUCCGUUCCGUCAGCUCGCGCGCCAGCGCCACGUCGUUGCGCGACGCCAGCGACGCGCAACAACAGCGCUCCUCUACGCCUCAGCUCGGCGCGCAGAGCGGCAGCGCGCAACGACCUCCGCCGGACAGGUCUGCGGCGUUGGCAUCGCUAGUGCGCCGCAACUACAUCUACUUCACCUCGCUGCUGCAGGAGCCCGAGGCGAAGUGGAAGCAGAUCAGCGACAGCCGAGGCGUCACUGUCACGCAGCUCGACAGCAUCGAUCCUACGCUUGUCGUCUAUCGUGCGGAGGCCACGUUCGUGGGUGUCGGCGUGUGGGACCUCUUCAGCACCAUCUCGACGCCCGGCGCUCAGAUGCACUGGGACAAGUCGAUUGAGGACGCUCAGCUCCUCGAGGACGCGGGCGAUGCUAGCCGGCUGUGGUGGACGAAGACUCGCGCUGCGUGGCCAGUCAGUGCGCGAGACGCAGUGACUGUUGAGACGUCGUACAAGUCGCCCGCCUCGGUGCACGUCUUCUCCUUCUCGACGGACGACCGGGCAUUCUUUCCCACGAUUCCCGCGCCUGCAGCCGGCACGAUCCGCACCAAGGUCGAUCUGCGCGGCUGGAGCGUCGAGGCGCUCAGUCCCACAACGGUGCACAUUACGCUCAUCGAGCAGAGCGAUCCGGGCGGCUGGACCAGCAAGAGCGCCAUCCCGGCACUCAUGACGGCUGCCGUGGCAGGCGUUGGCGACUUUGCCAUCAAGAGCGGAGGUCCGCCAAUCGCCACUCGCCUACUCGGAGCGCGCACAAAGGUCGCGCGCUACGACAGCGAGAAGGCAGUCUACCGGCUGGAGUACGAGCUGAAUCCGACAUCGGCGCCCUCUGGCAGCGAGACCAGCAGUCUGAGCUACUCGAACAACGUCGAGUGCGAGCUGCGCUGCGAUGUCGAGACGUGGUCGAACUCGCUGGAUCUCGUCGUCGACCCUCCGCCCAUCAAUGUCAGCUGUCUGCGGCGGCACAAGCUCAGCCAAGGUGGCAGCGGCCUCUGGCUCACCAUCGAGCACGUGCCUGCUAGCCUCGAGGACGAUGUGGCGCGCGUCACGGUGCGCAAGAUGGUCUCGACCAAGGAGAAGGGCGUCGUGCUCGUCAAUGGCGCGCGCCUCAAGGUCGACGUCGACGAGCUCAAGGAGGGAGAGGCGGCCAUGCUGCGCGACCGCAAGCGCACGAAGCCACGACGUAUUCCGCUCGAUCUGGCCACCACGCGUGCAACGCUCAAGCCGGACGGCUCUUCUGCCGCGUCCAGCGCCGACGCCUCGUCGGCCGGCGGGCUCCUCGCACGUGUGGGCUCGCCUCCGCCGCUCGAGGCCGGCGACGGCGUGACGGCGCGUGCUGAGCGGCCUGAAGGCUCGACGCCCAGCGCCAACGACUUCUUCUCCGACGAGCGGCCGCGCCAGCCAAUGACGUGCGCCCUCGACGUGCUCUUCCUCCUGCGGCGCAUCCACGCCGAGCGCAGCCCGGAUCCUGCCGGCACGCCAGCCGGCUGGGGACUGGUGGCGACGCGCGGCGGGCUCUACGUGCGGCGCAAGCAGAUGCAGUCGAUCUCGAGCACCAUCGUGGUGCAGCGCGGCGACAAGGUCGUUGAGGGCCUCACGGCCGAAGACAUCUGCAAUGCCGUCUCGACGCUCAGCUGCCGCAAGCAGUGGGACGACCGCAUCGAGACGGCCACGCAGCUCGAGAGCUUCGGCAACGGCGCCGUCACUGGCUUCCUCACGACAAAAGGCGCGUUUCCCUUUCGGGGGCGCGCCUUUACGCUCGCCAGCAUCACGGCUCGCUCGACGCCCGCAGCGGCCGACGGCACGAGCUCGGACGUCGCUGCAUCGUCGGGCCUCAGCCCCGCAGUGUACUUCCACGCCUCGGCCUCGUUCCCCGAGCGCCACGCCACGUUCCCCAUGAGCAAGCUCAACCCGGGAGCACUGCCCAUGGGCCGCGUGCUCAUCGACGGCUGGAUUCUCGAAACGCUGGACCCGUACAGCUCGACGCUCAACUACCCUAUCCCUUCGACACGCUGCACGCACGUCGUGGCCAUCGACUACGCCGGCAGCCUGCCGCUGGCAGUCAACACGCUCUGGAACGCCAAUCUGCCGCGCAGCAUCAUCGCCGUGGAGGAGUACAUCAAGACGCGCGGCGCCAUUCCCGCUGUGCGUGUGCCGCCGGGCUGCAUGCGUGUGCUGGGCGACGGCAGAGACGAAGACACCGGCCUGGUGUGGGACUACGACGACCACCGAGGCGCACGCAACUGCACGCUGCUCUCGAGCGCCUUCACGCCGAGCGACCGCGUGCUGGACGUGCUCGUCAAGGUCGAUGCGGAGCACGAGCGCCGCAAGCCUGCCGCCGAAGCUUCCGAGAGUGCUGCUGCAGGCGGCAUUCCCUUUCCGUCCUCGCGCCAGCCUGCCAUCUCGAAUGCAUCGACAACCAAGGGCGCGGCACAGACGGCCCUGUCUACGAUGCCGGCCUUUGGCGAUACGCUGACGGCGGCGGCAAGCACGGGCAUCUCGCGCGCCACGAGCGUCAGCUCAAUUCGCAGCACCGGCUCCUUCGUCACACCCACGGCAUCCGUGCUGCGUACAGUCCGCCCGUCGGCUGUCCGCGCAGAGACGCGAAAGCCGCGCGACGUCACGCUGAUCGACAUUGAGGUCGAGCUACGCCACUACGCCAAGGGCUACGAGAUCGUCGUCACGUCAGAGUUCGGUCACGACACGCCGCCGGUGCCGCCCCAGAGCGAGAAAGACAAGGGUCCUCAAGACGGUCAAUCGCAAGACGGCGACAAGAAGGACGCUGCACCCGCCGCAUCCGCCGCUUCCGACGCAUCGCGUGCGCUGCUGUCCCUCGAGGGCGCACGUGAGGGCACCAAGGACCUGCCGCAUCUCGUGAUGAGCUACGACCUGCCGCCUUCCGCCGUGCUCGCCGCCACACUCGACCCCUCAGCGCGGCCCCGGCGUCAUCUCGUUCGCAUUGCUCUCCCCACUGCCUCCUUCCUCGAGGGCCAUCGCGGCUUCCUCAGCGGCAGCGCGCCGACCGAGGCGCCGCAGUGGUACCAUGACUUGCGGCGGCGAGGUGCGCUGCUGCGCGUGCGCAUCCGGCCACACGGCGCCGAGGCAUCGCUGCCGAACUCGCCGCAGGUUGGCAGCGAAGCGGCAUCCGCGCCCAACGCUGAAGACAUCGACUCGCAGCAAGUGCCGGCACACUGCGACGGCCAGCGUCUCGAGGUCGUGCACGUGAAUCAGACGUCGGCCAUGCUGCAGCGCGAGAGCGAGCGCGAGGUCAAGUAUGCUCAGCUGGAACGUGUUCCGGCCAUGCGGAAGGACAAGACACCCACGUCGGCCACGCCGGCCUCGCCGUCCUCGGACGACCGGCUCCCUGCGCAGCUGAAGCGCGCUGUUGCUGCCACGCUCUCGCUCAAGGCAGACCCGGAGCAGCGCAAGGCAUCGAUUGCCACGGCUGCCUCGGACGUCGGGGCGGACCAGCACCAGGAAGCUCUCGACGCCAAGAAUGGCCCGCCUACGCCCACCGCCCACACAAGCAAGAGCGCGGCGAAGCCGAAGGUGCGUGGUGCGGUGCUGCACCGCCAGCCAGUGCUUCGCUCACCCCUGUCUGUGCAGGUGCCGGAGCAGACGUCCACGAGCGCACAGCUGAUGGGCAUCCUCAACGCGUACCCUCUCUCGCGGCUCGGUGCCUCGACGGCCGUGACGACGACAAACGCGAGCGGUGGCAUUCUCUCGAAGCGCGGUGGCAGCGUGUCGACGUCGACGGGCGACGCCGCCGAGGGCUCAGACAGCAAGAAGGCGGCGGCCGGAGCGGGCACUGGCUCCUCUGCCGCCUCGCUGGGCGCCGAUGCAGCCAGCGCCACGGCUGCUGCUCUCGGCAGCAUUCCCGGCUCGAUGUCUGCGCUCUCGAGCAACGCCAACACGACUGCGUCUGCGGCUGUGCGGUCGCUGCUCGCCAAGCAGUUCAGCUUCGCCACGCUGGUGCUUGCGGUGCUCAUUGCGUUCCUGCUUGGCAGCCUCGUACGCGCGCUCCUCUCGCCCGCCGACUUCAUCCUCACGUCGCCGCAGGGCGGCAGCGAUGCGACGGGCGAGGCGGCCGCGCUGGAGAUUCGCCGCAUGCUCGACGGCCAGCAUGGCGGCGCGCUGACGUCGAACAGCGUGGCGUGGCGAGAGCUGCGUCGCCUCAUCGAGAUCAAGGGCGCCAUUGCCGGCCGCUGGGAUCUUGUGCUCGCCGUCGUGCGGCGGUGA